CCAGAGAGAGGGCGCUGCAUCGCUCCUGCUGUGCGCAGUGACGUAGUCCGGAUCGCAGGCCGCAGACGCAGGGUUGGGUUUCCAUUUUCACUGCGAGUUUCGGGGGAACAACAACAUGGAUCCGGAGAUGGAGGACAAGACGUUGGAGCUGAUGGUAAGUUUACCUGGGAAGUUCGGUCUUCCUUUGGGGAAGAAAAAUCACAGACAGAAGCGACGGCAUACAGAUGUGCGAACACUUCUGUCAUGGAGAAUGAGGACCUCUCCCCAAAGAAGACCACUGUGUUCAAGAUCAGUAACGGGACGGUGACGGGCUCCCGGAAGCGGCCGUCGGAGGGGAACUAUGAGAAGGAGAAGGACGUGUGCAUCCAGCUGUUCGAUCAGUGGUCCGAGGCGGACCAGGUGGAGUUUGUGGAGCACCUGAUCUCGCGCAUGUGUCACUACCAGCACGGCCACAUCAACUCCUACCUCAAACCCAUGCUGCAGAGGGACUUCAUCACAGCACUUCCAGCGCAGGGUCUGGACCACAUAGCGGAGAACAUCCUGUCGUUCCUGGACGCGCGCUCCCUCUGCUCGGCCGAGCUGGUGUGUAAGGAGUGGCAGCGGGUCAUCUCCGAGGGCAUGCUGUGGAAGAAGCUGAUCGAGCGCAUGGUGCGCACCGACCCCCUGUGGAAGGGCCUGUCCGAGAGGCACCAGUGGGAGAAGUACCUAUUUAAGAACCGCACAACAGAAGUUCCCCCCAACUCGUACUACCACUCCCUCUACCCCAAAAUCAUCCAGGACAUCGAGACGAUCGAGGCGAACUGGCGGUGCGGGAGGCACAACCUGCAGAGGAUCCAGUGUCGCUCUGAGAACAGCAAAGGGGUCUACUGCCUGCAGUACGACGACGACAAGAUCAUCAGCGGCCUCCGAGACAACUCCAUCAAGAUCUGGGAUAAGCAGACUCUGGAGUGUCUGAAGAUCCUGACUGGUCACACGGGGUCAGUGCUGUGCCUGCAGUAUGAUGAGAGGGUGAUCGUCACGGGCUCCUCUGACUCCACCGUCCGGGUGUGGGACGUGAACUCGGGCGAGGUGCUGAACACCCUCAUCCACCACAACGAGGCGGUGCUGCACCUGCGCUUCUGUAACGGCCUGAUGGUCACCUGCUCCAAGGACCGCUCCAUCGCCGUGUGGGACAUGGCCUCGCCCACCGACAUCAGCCUGCGCCGCGUGCUGGUGGGCCACAGGGCCGCCGUCAACGUCGUCGACUUCGACGACAAGUACAUCGUCUCCGCCUCGGGGGACCGGACCAUCAAGGUGUGGAGCACCAGCACAUGCGAGUUUGUCCGCACUCUGAACGGGCACAAGCGCGGGAUCGCCUGCCUGCAGUACCGCGACAGGCUAGUGGUCAGCGGCUCCUCUGACAACACCAUCAGGCUGUGGGAUAUCGAGUGCGGGGCCUGCUUGCGGGUCCUGGAGGGCCACGAGGAGCUGGUUCGCUGCAUUCGCUUCGACAACAAGAGGAUCGUCAGCGGAGCCUACGACGGGAAGAUAAAAGUGUGGGAUCUCCAGGCUGCUCUGGACCCCCGCGCCCCAGCCGGUACCCUCUGCCUGCGCACCCUGGUGGAACAUUCUGGCCGCGUGUUCCGGUUGCAGUUUGAUGAAUUCCAGAUCAUCAGCAGUUCCCAUGACGACACUAUUCUCAUCUGGGACUUCCUGAAUGUGUCGCCCAAUGGGCAGUCAGAGGGGCGGUCGCCCUCGCGCACGUACACCUACAUCUCUAGAUAGCAGGGGUACAGACAGAGUGGUGACUGUACUGCGUCUCUGUGUUGGGAAGGGGGGGGGGGAGGGGGGUAGAGAACGGACACCCCCCCUCAGUCACCCUCUCUGCCCCCCCCACCCCACCCAGCCACCAUCUCUCUGACCUUCGACCUUCGUCUCCAGCCUAACCUCCUGCCUCACCGUCUCUAAACCACGGCCCACGAUGCCCCACCACCGCGCGCGCACCUUCCUCCUGCACCCCGCCCCGUCCCGCCCCGCCCCUCCCGGCCACCCGCCCCGCCGAUGGGACACGGACACGGACGGAGGCGGAGACGGGCGGCGGAGCGUGGAGUUCUCAGCAGAGCCGAGCGUCAGAGAGAGGUGGCCUCUUCUCCACGCCGUGACACCGAGGCUGGGACAGUGGAACAUGGGGGAUGGCCCCCCAGUACAGACCACGCCCCCCCCCCUCUUCUCCCUUUCACCAAUUACACCACCUCUCCCUGUACACACCCCUUUAGACUCCUCCCCCCCUGCUCAGACUCCUCCCCCCCAGUACAGACUCCUCCCCCCCGCCCCCCCUCCCGUAGUACAGACUCAUCUCCGUCACUCCCAGUACAGACAGCUGUGGACACUACAGACCGCUCUGCACACAGGGACUCGGUGCAGCCUCUGCUUUUGUGGCACAAGAUAAAGAGACACAGAAAAGCUGAAGCCUUCUUUCCUCCGGAGACUCCACCUGCAUGUGGGAGGAGAGGGCCCCACGGCCCCGGCCUCUCUGCGCUCCACCCUUUCUUUCUCUUUUUUAUUCUUUUUUAUUUUGGGGAAAAAAAAUCCUUUUGUUUUAUUUGUAAUAUUGUACUAAGCAUUAUAGUCCCCCUCUCCUCUUUCUCUCUCUUUCUCUUUCUCUCUCUCUCUUUGAAUUUCUCUCUCCCUUUAUCUAUCAAUCUCUGUCUCUAUCUAUCUUUCUCUCACUCUCUCUUUCUCUCUCUCGCUGUCUGCCUGCCUAGGCUCUGAGAACUUGGAGCUGAAUUUAGCUGUUAACAGAAUUGUCUUGUCGAAAAUUGUGUUGUAUAUUGAAAUGAUUUUUUUAAAGAAAAAAAAAAAAAAGACAUUAUUAAGAAUAAAGUACUUGACUGUG